UCGUGUUCUUUCUGGUUCCUCAUCAGCCAUUAUGAAAGAAAACCAUAACACAGAAAUCCUACCUUCAUCGGCGUGAAACCAUCCAUCAUCUAUCUGUCCACUUUUUCUGAUUCCGAUGGCUCUGCAUAUCGCCAAACGCCUCCUCCGCACCCGCGCCACAACCCCUGCCGUCGCGCUUUUCUCAGCCGUUGAUCGGAGCUUUUCCUCCACCUCUUCCGAUCUGAUUCGCGCCACUCUCUUUCCCUGCGACGGCAUCGGUCCAGAGAUCGCCGAAUCCGUCAAAUAGGUUCGACUUGUUUUUUGCGGUUUGAUUUUUUUGGUCUCCGUGUCUUCUGCUUUCUCUGAUUACUUGAACUUGCGACAACAUUAACUAUUACGGCGGUGAAUGUCGAUGCCGCAAUUGGUAAGAGGAAAUCUGGAUUCAUAUUCGGAUCUUUUACAUCUAUCCCUACCGGAUUUUUACUGGAUUGUUGGAUCUGUGCAGAGUAAAAUAUGGGGCUUGGAGGCAGCUCUGGACAAGGCUGUACAGCUUGACGAUGAUGGAAAGAUUAGACUGUUUCAGGGAGACCUCCACCCGCAACUUCAAUGGCAGUUGGGCAGUUUUUCAACCCAGAGGAAGGCCGUAAAGAAUUUUCUCCUAAAUUGUUGCUUCUUUCUGUAUUUUCUCAGAAGGUGAGAGAUGGGGAUUACAACGUCAAUGAAACGGUCAAUGUUUUUACCGCAAAAACCACUGAAAUCGGACACAGGACAUGGGGAAUGGUGAGAGGCGUAAUGGCGUUAGCUACACAAAAGGUUGAACAAUAUCUCUUUCUUUCAUUUACAUUUCACCAUGACCACUGCUUUGCAUAACUGUUUAAAAUAAAUACACUGUAACUAUAUUAGUUGAACUAAGAUGUAGACUAAAUGACAUGUAUUUUGUGCCAUAGAAGUUGUACAUCUUGUUACAAAGACCAUACUAAAAGCGAAAUUUGAUUGUAACAAAGUCGUUUUCACGGUAAUAUUUGUUAAUC